AUGUCUUUUUCAAGAGCUCCAUUGAAAAGGUUCAACGAGCACGUAGGUUGUGCCCCUCCACCGGGAUCCUAUGAGAUUAAACCUGGGGACCCGAAGGGAGCUGCGUCCUUCGACAAAUCUGAUCGAUUUAGACCUCUCAAGGCAGCCGCUGGGGCUGCUAUGCCUCCACCAUCGCCUUCCAGAAAUGUCCUGGCGUCACCUGUCCGUAGGACUAUGUCGGUUGAUGGUCUUGUUGAAGGGUCAAGUGUAAAGAAAGAGAGGAAUGGCAUGACCAUGGAAAGAAAACAGCAGAAACUCUUGGAGAAAGAGAUAAGGUCCCUGGUUCAGCAGCGGGGGGAGCAGGACCGUCAGUUGCUGGCCUUGGAAGAGGAGCUGAAGAAGGUGGAGGCCAAGCUGCUGGCCACAGUCAGGGAGAAGACAGGCCUUGCUGCCAGUGUUACCACACUUGAAAGACAGCGGACUGAGCUCAAGAAAGUUAAUGAGUUCCUCAAAAACAAGGUUUCUGCUGACACUACAAAAAAGAGAAUCAAUUCUCUAACAAUGGAGCUGAUGGAAGCCAGGAACACUUUGGAUGUUAAAAACAAGGAGUUAAGUGUCCUGCAGAUUAACACUGAAGGCCACCUGAAGGCCCUAGAAACUGACCUCCAGGCUGCCAGGGCUACUGUUACAGCUCUAAAGGACAGGAACAAGGACUUGGAGGACCUACAUCAAGUGACGAAAAUCCAUAACGAAGAGCUGGAGAAUGAGAAUGCUAAGUUACAUGCCAUGAUACGGGAGCUGAGGGAGGAAAUCAGAGUCUUGCAGGGAUACCUGGACACAGCCAAUGAUCAAAUCCAGGAUCUACGCUUGAAACUCCAAGAAAAGACACAGGAGAACACUGUCGCAGGUUCUCAGUUGGAGAAAGUAAAGCACCUAAAACCCCAACUAGAGCAGCACAUGACUGAGCUAGAAACCACUCAAGAUGUGUUGAGGCUUAAAAAGGAGGAGGCACAGAAAUGCCAGCAAGAACUGCAGGCGUCAAAGGAUGCUUUACGGAAUGUGGAGAAGAGGUUGGAGGACCAAGAGCUGGAGCUAAAGUCUGCGCAAAAGUCAGUGAGUGACAUGGAGGAGCAAAUGAAGUUGGCCAACCAAGAAGUUCACGAUUCUCAAGCGACAGUUCGGCAGCAGGAGGCGGAGCUCGCUAGACUAAGGGAGGUGCUCAGACGGACAGAGAAGGAGCUAGAUGAGAGAGUGGCUCAUCUUGAACAGCGGUGUCUUUUCUCUGAGGAAGAGAGAAGCAAGACUCAGGAGGAGGGGCUGAGGAGAGUGCAGGAGUUAAAGACAGAGCUCAACGUGCUAACGGAGGUUAAAAGAGACGAGAAAAAGAAACACAUUCAGCUCCAGCAAGAAAAUGCUGCUCUUACUGAGGAACUGACAAAAGAAAAGGUCACACAACACUCCCUGUCUGUGCUGGUGGAGCAGGAGAGGGAGGAGUCCGAGGAGCGGUUUAGACAGUUAAAGGAGGAGACGGAGGAGGUGCUGGGAGAGCUCGCUCUCUUGGAGGAGCAGGAGCAGAGGAGGCAGGAGAUGGCGGAAAAGAGCCAGGAGACCCUCCAGAGGCUGCAGGAGGAAAACAGUGAGCUGGAGAGAAGACUGAGUGAUACCAGGGCACUGAUGGAGAGUAAGAGCAAUGAUGUGGCAGCUUUGGAAGAGGAGCAUUUAGCAGCCAAGAGAGAACUCCAAGAAGCACAAACAAAUUCACUGAGCAAGAUGGGAGAAAUUGUCACAGAGCUGGAAAGUGCCAAAGAGGCUCUAAAGGGAGCAGAGGAGAGACAGAGAGAACUGGAAGAGGAGGUGGAGAGAGUGACCCAGCAGAUGAAGGAGGAGAUGGACAAAGUGAUUAAGCAGAAAGAAGAGGAAAUCCAGAGAGUGAAAGAGGGGUUAGAGGAGCAUGAGGAGAGACAGCUUGCUGAAGCAAAAGCCAGGGAGGAGAAUGCGAGACUUUUGCUGGAGGUGCAGACUCACCUUGCACAGAAAGAUGAGAAGAUGAAGACCAUGGAGAUGAAUCACGCUGGUCUGAUCAGUCAGUUACAGCAGGAGCUACAGAUGCAGACAAAGGAGAAAGAAGACGCUCUGGGGGAACUGGAGGAACAGAGAAGUCAGAGUGUUGCUCAGCUCCAAAAUGAGAAGGAAAAGGUACAGAAAUUACUAAAGGAGGUCAGCCUGGAAAAAGAGGAAAUGAUGGAACAGCUUCAACAAGAAAGAGAGCAGAGAGUUAAAAUUCAAACAGCCCGUCAAGAGGAAAGGGGAGCAUGGGAGGUUGAAAGGAAAGACCACCAGCAGGUCAGGUCAGAAGUGCUCAGACUAAAGGCCGAUCUUGAGAGAGUAGACGAGGAAAAGAAGAAUCUUCUGUCUCAAGUAGAAGUCAAAGACCGGUCCAAGCUCGCUCUUGAAGAUCGGCUAAACGUGGCAGAGCAGGAGAGAAACCAGCUUCAGUCUCGCCUAGAUGAUGUUGAACGUGAAGAGUGUGUGACCAUCCAGACCCAGUUAGACCUCAUGGAGGCCAUGCAGGGCGAGCUGGAAGAGCAACGACAAGACAGACGGGCCCUGCAGGAGCAGGUAGACGUACUGACUCAGGAGAAGGUUACACUGCAGUGGGAGAUGGAGGAGCAGCGACAGGAGCUCCAAAGACAAAUAACAGAAGCACAAGAGAAAAGCUCUCCAAGUUCAGAGACAGAACACUGGAGGAAACGAUAUGAGGAGCUGUUUGCUAAAGUCAGGCCCUUCCAGGAACAGCUCAAUGCGUUUGCAGCAGAGCGAAAUGCACUCCUCAAUGAGAACGGGACAAACCAGGAGGAGUUAAACAAGUUGGCUGACGCUUACGCUCGCCUGCUGGGCCACCAGAACCAGAAGCAGAAGAUCAAACAUGUCAUGAAGCUGAAAGAUGAGAACAUCUCCCUGAAACAGGAGGUGUCUAAGCUUCGCUCCCAGGUGAGCCGGCAGAAGAGUGAUCUGGAGCAGCUGAAGUCAAAACUCCCUGGUGCUCCCCGCCGAAGGUUUGAUCCAAGCAAAGCUUUCCAACACGACAAGGAAAACAGGCAAACUGAAGCAAGUGAACCUUUUAAAGAAGGGAAUCAUUAUGCAUAAUGGAGGUCGUCUACCAAACAAGAACUGACAACUAAUUGGCUGACAAAUUUAGUUUCUAGGGUUUGGUCUUUUGAAUACUUAGCAACCUCUAACAUGUGUUAAUCAUUGUUCCCACAUGCCGAUGCUUUACAAUCCUUUGUGUUGCAUAAAGAGCCUGAAUAUUUUUCUGUUUUGAUUUUUAAAAAAGAAGUGUGUGUGCGUGUGCGUGCGUGUGUACAAGAGUAAUGUGUGAAAAUAACGAGGACAUGGAUGGAAAACUUAAGUGCUCACAAUCCAGAGCACAUAGUUGCAAUAAAAAUGUAAGAUGUGUUUUACUGUUAACUGCAUUUUCGAAUUUUAACUUUGUAACUUUUUAUAGAAAUCUUAGUGCAGCAGAAGCAAUUACUAUUUCAUGUGGAAUA